UUGGCACCAAUGAGGGAGUCGGAACCGGAGCUUUGCGCUGUACUGUGAAACCAUCAGCCAUCGAGCAAAGAAGGACGGUUUAGUCAGCACCGCGACGUCUGCGGCGUAGGGCGCGCUUAAAAUCGAGGCUUGAUCAAGUGCUGAAAUGGGGCCAGAUGGGGGGAGGUGGACAUUUUCGGGUGACCUUAUCCAUCAGGAGAGAACCCGGGGCUGGUCCAGUAUACUGCAAAAUGGAAACUUCGGCAAGAUUUCGACAGUUAAAAACAGUUAAAUUAAGUUGUGAGGCCAAUUACAGACUUGACAUCAGUUUCAAGCCACCCCAACUGCUACAGACAUUGACAAUCGGUGGGAAACAAAUUGAGGCUGUCGAAAGAGCGAGAGAUGGUACGGCAUGUGCUUACAGUGCUUAUCACAGUACCGGGGGUGUUAUAGCCAGUAACAGAGGUCAUCGGGAGGAACUGCAGAUUGCAAUGAGAGUCUUAGGAUCUGGGUACCUGACAACUUGCCUCCAAAUAAAAUACUACCGAGCUGGUGAUCAGAGUCACUGCGAGUGGGGUUCACGCCUGCAUUGUAUAGAACUGGAUUGUUCGAGUGUCGAAGGAAGAUUGGUAACGGUUGACAGAGAGACGUACAGAAAAUUGGGCAUCGAGUCUUAGCGUUUCAUUCUGGGGAGAGAUACGUUUUAUUAUAAUGUAGUAUUACGUCAAGCUAAAUUAUUACGUAAAAUCGCGAUUUUAUUUGCUCACGAUUGCGGGCUGUGUUAUAUUAUAAUUAUUAUUGUUAUUAUUAAUUAGGUAAAUGGUAGAUUUUAGUAUUACGUGAUAACAUGAUACACUGUCAUAUACCAUAUAAAAAUAGGUUGACUUUUCAUUUUUUUAGUUAGCAAGAAAUAAAUGGAGACGAGGAAAAUUCCUCUAAGGAUUUGCCAAGUUAACUACAAUGAAAAUAUUACUCAAGAUUAUGCCCUGGACAAAUUUACCUCGAUAUAUUAUUAUCAAUUAUUUCCUAGUCAUAGUCAAUAUACGUAUUAAAUUUAAGAUUAAUUAUAAGCCGCAUUUUUACAAAUAACCGAAAUGCCUCGGAAAAAAAAACGAAAAAAAUGAUAUACAUAGCAGAGAGCAUGGCGAUAUUCAUUGGCACAACAAAUUAGAGAUCAGAUAUAAUUAAUAAUCUUAUUGUAAACCCAUUCAAUCUAUUUUUCACUACUGACUGUAAAAUGCAAAUGGGUAACGUUGGCUCAUGGGUUUAAUAUAGGUGAUAAUUUGUAACGUCAUCGUGAUCCGCACAUCGUUACAGUUUGUACGUAGUAUUAAUUAGAGAGGCCAUUUUUAAUUAUUUAUUUAACUAUUUUUUUUUUUU